GUGUCCGGACUGGAAGGGGGGGAAAAGUGUCUGGACUGGGAGGGGGGGAAAGUGUCCGGACAGGAAGGAGGUGAAAGUGUCUGGACUGGAAGGGGGGUGAAAGUGUCCGGACUGGAAGGGGGGAAAGUGUCCGGACAGGAAGGGGGGGAAGUGUCCGGACAGGAAGGGGGGGGAAAGUGUCCGGACAGAAAGGGGGUGAAAGCAUCCGGACAUGAAGUGGUUAAGAUGGCUCCAACAGCAGGGCAUGUCAGAAAGUUUCCGUAAU